UUAACCGAUUCACAGAGUAAAAUCUAUCUUUCUCGCCCCUUCGUAAAGCUCGAAGCAGGCAGAGACCAGGAUCGCUCUCGCUACUUUAGUUUCUUUCUUAACCGAAGCACCAUAAUACUUGAAAGUGGUUUGAGUAAUGGAAACUGAAGGAGAGAUGGGUAUUAGUGGAGGGAUGCAAGAUGCUUUGAUGAUGAGCAUUGAUGAGAAAGAUGAUUUGAUUGACAAAGAUGAAGUUAUUAUCCGUCGUAUGAAGAAUCGUGAAAGACAGCGCAGGUAUAGAGCCAGGAAGCGGAUGCGUGAAGAAGCAGGUCUCGAUGAAAUUCUCUCACUGCAAGAACAAGACCAAGAAGAGGAGGAGGAGGAGGAGGAGCUAGUGUGUAAUAAUGUUUGUGUUGACAACUUUGUGAGGCGUGUUUAUUGCCACAGAGAUUGGAAAAAAGAAGCUAGAAUAGCUCAUUUGAUCAUGGACAAGACUCGUGAUGGUUCUUGUUUGGUUCAUCGCAAGAUUCGGCCUCGUCCAAGAGACUGGAAAGCUGAAGCUAGAAAGGUGAAAACUUGAUCUAGUCCAUUUAGUUGGUUCCUGAGGAGUAGUCAGUUCGGUUUGCUAGAGGAUCUUGUAAGGGAAGUUUCUUAAAGAUUAGAUUUGACUGAAGGAAGAGAUUGAACAAAGCAGCAAGCAUCCCUAUAUAAGAUUUAGAACUGUCCUUUGUUCGUAAAAGAGCGAGUCCUUCUGCUCUUUAUUUUGUUGUGUAUUAGAAUAUCCAGACGUUAUGGGAGUGCAGUAGGUAUACGAAUGUUCGAUUUGAUUUCUAGCAAAACUAAAACACUAUCACACACUAAAAUAAAAGGAGAUCGACCCCAGAACAGGGCUAAGGAAUUGGUGAUAAGUAGUGUUUACUUCCAUGUUGUAUGACUGUAUGUAUUAUAUUCAACACUUAUCAUCUAUCAAGAUUCAAAUCAAGCUAGAGAAGAUGAAGAUAGAUCUUGAGCUAGAAGAGAGAGAUGAUGUAAAAGGAAAGAA